AUGGAAAAUAUAAGAGUGUUAGUAAGAGUAAGACCACUUAAUUACAGAGAAACUCAUUUAGGUGCCAAUUCUUGUGUGACUACUACAAAUACUUCUGUUAUUCUUGAUAAUAAGAAGGAAUACAAUUAUGAUCAUGUAUUGGGAAUAGAUUCAACUUAAGAAUAAGUGUUUAAUAAAAUUGGUAUGUCUACACUUGAAUCUUUCUUAAAUGGAUUAAAUUGUUGCAUAUUUGCUUAUGGUUAAACAGGAGCAGGAAAAACAUAUACAAUGUAAGGAAAAGGAAUUGAUGAUUUAUCGAAUGAUGAUAUUCAUUUAGGAUUACAACCUAGAUUAAUUUAAAAACUAUUUUCUUAAUUACCUAAAGAUAAUACUUGGUCAUUAAAAUGUACCUACUUAGAAAUUUAUAAUGAAUAAUUAAUAGAUUUAUUAAAUGAUUCUAAACCAUUGCCUUUAACUAUUAGAGAAGAAUCAAAAAAAGUUUAUGUUGAGAAUCUCACUGAAAUUCCAGUUACAUCUUAUAAUGAUGUUUUAUCCUUAUUAUAAAGAGGAAUUAAUAAUAGACAUGUUUCAGCAACUUAAAUGAAUCUUGAAAGUUCUAGAAGUCAUUCAAUUUUUACAAUCUAAUUUGAAUAAAGAACUAAAGAAAUGUAUACUAGAAGAAGCAAAUUAAAUUUUGUUGAUUUAGCAGGUAGUGAAAGAUAAAAAUUAACAGCUGCAACUGGUGAAAGACUUAAAGAAGCUGCUAAUAUUAACAAAUCAUUAACUGUUUUAGGAUUAGUUAUUAAUUCUCUUGCUGAAAAUCCAAAAAGAUUUAUUCCAUAUAGAGAUAGUAAGUUAACAUUUUUACUAAGAGAAAGUUUAGGAGGCAAUUCUAAAACUUUUAUGAUUGCUACAAUCUCUGAAGCAAGUAGUUCAUUUUAAGAAACUUUAGGAACAUUAAAAUUUGCAUCCAGAGCUAAGAAUAUUAAAAAUUAAGCUAUUAUUAAUGAAGAAGUUAAAGGAAAUUUAGAGAGUCUUAAAGCUGAAAUCAAAAGAUUAAAAAAUGAACUUCAAUAGUAAACUUCCAAUCCUGAAUUAUUUCCAAAAAAAUAAAAAGAAAUCGAAUUAAUUUCAUAAAUCUCAAAUCUUAAUUGUCAACUCAAUGAAAGCGAACUUUUCUAAGAAUAAUUGAGUAAAGAAUUAAAAUAAAUGAAAGACUAUUAUGAAUCUAGAAUUAUUCAAUUAUAAGAACAUAAUGAACUAAAUACGGAAUCUAAUAAUCUAAAUCAUUCUAAUAGGGAUUAUUAACUUUAAUAAGCUAUUGAAAUACAAAAAGAAUUACGACAUAAAAAUGAAAUCUUAAAUCAAAGAAUAUUAGAAUUAUCAUAAGAGGACACAAUCUUAAAACAUAGAAGAAAUGAACAACAAUUAAUUAUUGCUUAGUUAGAAUAAACUCUAUAAGAAUUACAUAAAGAUAAAGAUUUACUUAUGGCUGAAAUGGACAAUCAAUAAUCACUUAUUUAAAAUUAUGAAAAUCAAUUAGAUACUUUUUAAGAGGAUAAGUCAUAAUAAGUUUUGGAAUUAGAAAAUAAGAUUGCAGAAUUAAAUGAUUAAUUAUAAUUAAAUAAAGAUCAAAUGGAUACAGAUGCUUAAACUAUUGAAUUUUAAAGUGAAGAAGUCUCUAGAUUGUAAUUAGAAAUUGAAUAAAUCAAAACUGAUUUAUAAGUACUUCAAACAAGUUUUAAUUCUUUAAAAGAAUAAUCUAAAGAUAGAGAAAAUCUAAUUGACGAUUAAAUCAAAGAGUUAAGGAAAUUUAAAAACAUAAAUUAUGUUAAAUCAAAAAAAAUUUUAAAGACUUAGAAAAUUCUUAGAAAAGAAAAAGAAAAUUAUUAGAGUUUAGAAUUAAGAUAACUUGAUUUCUUAUAAGAAUUUAAUUAAUUAAUGGAACUUGAAUAAUCUGAUCCUACCUAUGAGACAAUUUCAAUGGCAGUUAAAUAAAAAAUAGAGAAUAUUGAAAACAAAAUAUAAAAUUAGAUUUAAGUAACCAUUUAGUUAAAUAAAGAAAAAGAGAAUUAUGUAAAUUUAUAUCAUGAAGCUUAAUCAUGUUUGAAUGAUUUUUCUCAAUAGAAUGAAGUUUUAAAGAUAGAAUUAGAAAAAAAUAAAGUAAAUUAAGAAGCAGUCUAAAAAUAUAUGUAAUUAAAAGAUGAAUUUGUUUAUUAGAAAGAUAAAUUAGGUAAAUUCUUAGAUAGUUUUGAUAUUAUUAAUUAAAAGUUGAUUAUGAAGGAAAAUGAAAUUCUUAGACUAAAAUCAGAAUUGAAAUUAGAACAAACAUAAAGGGCAAAAUCUUUGGAAGAAAUUGAUAAGUAUUUAUUUUAUUCUAAUUAUAUUAAGACUUCGUACUGCUAAAAUAGAAUUAUCUAAUACAAAAAAUGAACUUUAAUAAACAAUUUAAUAAUUGUAAAUGAAUAUUCAAAAUGAAAUGGAUGAAAUAAAAUAAAAGAAAUUAUCUGAUAACGUAUAAUUUUUAUAAAAAGCAAAUUAAAAAUUAAAUACUGAAUUAUCAGCACUUCAAAGAUGUUAUAAAUAAUUAUUAGAUGAGAAAGAAAUAAUGUAAAAAAAAUACGAAGAAAAAUUAAUUUAUUCAUUAGAUUAGAAGAUGAGAAAAGAUCUAAAUAUUACUAAUUAACUUAGAGAGUAAUUAGAAAAGAAGGAAAAAGAUUAUUAAGCUCUUUUAAAGGAGAUGAAAUUACUGGAAGAGUUUUUUAAUGGCAUAAAUGUAAAAAGAUUUUGCAAUUCUUAAACUUUAAAUGAAGGAUCUAUGAGUGAAAAAGUAAAAUUUUAUUGUUAAUAUUUGAAUGUAAAAACUAAAACAAAUAUAAUAGUCAUGUGAAUAAGAAUUUGAAUUCCGUCAAUAUCAACUUAAAACAAAUCUAUAAUUAUUAAACAUAGAAUAAGCAAGCUGUAACAUGAUUAAAGAAGAAAAUAGAAUGUUGAAGAUGUAACUAAAAUAAUGA